UAGUUGAACUGUUGUGUGUUUUUGUCUCUGUAUUCAGGCUGUAAAAUGGCAGAAGCCAGAAUUUCAGUGGAUCAGGAUGAGUUUAGGUGUCCAGUGUGUCUGGAUCUCCUGAAGGAUCCUGUGGCCAUUCCCUGUGGACACAGUUACUGUAAGAUCUGUAUUACAGGCUGCUGGGAUCAGGAGGAUCAGAUGAGAGUCUACAGCUGCCCUCAGUGCAGACAGACCUUCAGUCCAAGACCUGCUUUAGCUAAAAACACCAUUCUGGCUGAAAUGGUGGAGAAACUGAAGAAGAUUAAACUUCCUGCUGACUGUUACGCUGGAGCUGGAGAUGUGCAGUGUGACGUCUGUACUGGAAGAAAACACAAAGCCGUCAAGUCCUGUCUGGUGUGUCUGGAGUCUUACUGUCAAACUCAUUUUGACCGUCAUGAGGAAUUUCACUCUCGUAAGCCACAUAAAGUGACUGAAGCCACUGGACGACUGCAGGAGAUGAUCUGCCCGAAACACGACAAGAUCCUUGAGGUUUUCUGCCGCACCGAUCAGGAGUGUAUAUGCGUGCUGUGUAUAAUAGAUGGACAUAAAAACCACGACACUGUAUCAGCUGCAGCACAGAGGACAGAGAAACAGCACCAGCUAAGGGAGACGCAGAGGUGGUUCCAGCAGAGGAUCCAGCAGAGAGAGAAAGAUCUUCAGCAGCUGAGAGAGGCUGUGGAGUCUCAUAAGCGCUCUGCACAGACAGCAGUGGAGGACAGUGAGAGGAUCUUCACUGAGCUCAUCCGCUCCAUUGAGAGAAGCCGCUCUGAGGCCACACAGCGGAUCAGAGAUCAGGAAAAGACUGCAGUGAGUCGAGCUGAAGGACGACUGGAGCGACUGGAGCAGGAGAUCAAUGAUCUGAGGAGGAGAGACGCUGAGCUGGAGCAGCUUUCACACACACAGGAUCACAUCCAUUUCCUGCAGAGUUUCCAGUCUCUCUCAGCUCCUCCUGAAUCUACAGACGUAAAUGACGAUCCCUUCAGUUCUCUCUGCUCUUUUGAUGUUGUGAGAGAAUCUGUCCAUCAGCUGAGAGACAAACUGGAGGAUUUCUGCAAAGAGGAGCUGAAGAAGAUCUCUGAUAGAGUCACUUUCACCAACAUUGUUCCCAGAACCAGGAACGACUUCCUACAAUCGCCGUUCAGGUCAGAGUGUGACCUGCCAGUUUACUCCAUUGUGACCAGAAUAGACUUUAUUUCCACAGCAACAACUAUUUACUUCAGUGUUUCUCAGUUCAAUCUGGAUCUGAACACAGUAAAUAAAUGCCUCCGUCUGUCUGAGGGGAACAGAGUGAUUACAUUCACUGAUAUUUUCAAAGUCCAGCCGUAUCCUGAUCAUCCAGACAGAUUUGAUUAUCUUCAGGUGUUGUGUAGAGAGAGUGUGUGUGGACGCUGUUACUGGGAGAUUGAGUGGAGUGGGAAUAAUGGUGUGUCAAUAUCAGUGUCAUAUAAGAGUAUCAGCAGGAAGGGACGGGGUAAAGAGUGUUUGUUUGGAUCUAAUGAUCAGUCCUGGAGUUUGAUCUGCUCUUCCUCCAGUUGCUCAUUCAGACACAAUAACAUAGAGACUGAACUCCCUGUAAAGCCCAUCAGCAGGAGAAUAGGAGUGUAUGUGGAUCACAGUGCAGGAACUCUGUCCUUCUACAGCAUCAGGAGAAACACAAUGAGCCUCACCCACACAGUCCAGACCACAUUCACUCAGCCGCUCUAUCCUGGGUUUAGUGUUGGUUAUAAAGGAUCAGUGAAACUGUGUUGAUGAAUCAGAAUAGACUGUAGAGAGAUUCUACCCAUAAUGCUUUGAGCUCGUGAUGAAUCAGUAACAGUGAGAUGUUACAGAGUCUCUUAUUUUCUCUUCAUUACAUUAAUACUACAGCUGAACUUCUGUCACUGAAAUAACAUGAAUAAUAAAUGUGUGUAAUGAAUCCUCAUAUAGACACUGAGAUCAAAGUGUGUGACAGAGAGAUAUGUAAUUUGGCAGGGAAACAGUCAAUGACUGUAACAUCAGAUUGAUCAGAGAUACAUCAGAAGAGAGACAGAUGGCAUCAAAUACAGCACUUUACAUCAAAGUCGGUAUGUAUGCCAUACUGUACACAGAUUACCAUGGUAGAGAUUGCCACAUUACUAUAAAUCACUAUGGUAUAGUGAUACCAUUUACUGUAUUGGCAGCAAACUCUUCUAGCAAGAAUCCUCACGGCCAUUUCAUAACUUCAUCACACCUUUUGACAACACACUGAAUGCCAUUACAAAAAUUACUUGGCCAAACUUAAAUGUGACAAAGUCACUACCAGACCCCUUCAACACACAGAGACCAGAAGUUAACAGAUGAAUACAAUUGGAGUUAUAUUAAUAAUCACCCUAAUGCUUCUAAGCGUUAUAAUGGCAGUGCACAGAAACCUGUUUCAACCAGUUUGAAGCUCAAAAAAGUGCAUCCAUCCACCAUAAACGUACUCCACAUGGUUUGUGUAAGAAAAAUAUUCAUAUUUAACAAGUUCUAAGGUCAGAUAUCUGGCUUUAAACACUAGAGAAUAAUGAUGAAUACUGUCUGUACCUCUCACUGAGAGAAAAGUACAACUUAUCAGUAUGUUUUGGGAAUCUUUCCUGUUUAUAGUUAAAGCCUGGGCCAACUUCAGGCUUGAAGAAGCUGUGAAUCAUGUGGAUCUGUGAAUGUUUGUUAAGUGUUCAGUACAGGUGCUGAUGACAAUGUGUGGAAGAUUACUAAUUUUGUCUUUUUUUCUUAGCCAGUCAGAACCGUUUAAUGUAGUUAGUGGACUCUGUUAGAGUAUAAUUGCUGUUGUAUUGAAUGUGUACGCAGAGCGGCCGAAGAACUCCUUG